GUGAAAUGGGGUCCUGAUCACCUUCAGCAACCUCCAGCAGCAGGGGAAGAAGAGCUGAAAUGGAAGAAUGAGCCUAUAACGCAGAUUACUUUAACAGUAAAAAAGGAAGAAGAACCUGAUGUUGUACAUGUUCAAAAAAUCAGGAAAGACAAGCAUCAAGUCCUGAAGGAAGAUCGAAGAAAAAGCAAUGGGGGAAAGCACCGUCAUGAGAAAAGGCAGGAUGAAAGAAUAAAUAAGGAGAACAAAACCAGAAAUCAAGGUGUAGAUCCAUUUAUAACUCAAUCAGCAGAUAUGCCCCGUGCUACUAAGUCUUCUUCAAAUGAUUUCUCAUCCACCAUUAUUCCAACUUUGCUCACAACAACCACUAAACAAAGUCCUGCAGACAUGACCCAGAUGAAUCCCGAUUUGGAAGGAAAUGAUACAUCUUUCUCAGAUGUUAACAGACGUUCUUUGUUGGACCUAGAGAACAUAUCGACACUGUCAACCAAUGAGAACAGCACACGUAAGAAUCCCUCAUUGGCUCAGAUCAAGAGUGAUGAGAAGAAUGCCGAAAAAUCAAAACAAAAGACAAAGUCCAAAGCAAAGCAUACGGUGAAAACUAAGAAAAGCAAGGCUCUAAAGAAGGAAAAGAAGGUGAAGGAGAAGAGUACUAAUCAGUUGAAAAAGUUAAAACAGGAGAAAGAUCAGGUGACCACUGCCCCAUACUUUCCAUAUUUUGAAGACCACUACUGCCCACCAGAGUGUUCUUGUUAUGGAAGGGUGGUGCAAUGUUCAGACAAAGGACUGGAAAAGAUUCCUUAUGGUAUUCCGUACAAUUCCCGCUACAUCCUGCUAAUGAACAACCACAUCAUUAACAUUCCACCAGACCUGCUUUUAGAGUACCUUUCUAUGGAGUUCUUGGUGCUAAGCAACAACCGUCUGGUAGACGGUUCCAUUGAAGGUGCCUUCAAAGGCAUCCAGGCAAUGAAGAGGCUCUAUUUGGAACAGAACCUCCUCCAGAGUGUCCCUGCUGACCUUCCAGCCUCGCUGGAGGAGCUCCGUCUUGAUGGGAACGAUCUGAAAGUGAUUUCUGAGACGGCCUGGUUUCGCUGCCCUGGUCUGCUCAUACUCAGCCUGAGCAACAACAGCUUAGAAAGUGUCUCAACCUCGUUCCCUUUUGGAGUUUUGUCUUCACUAAGCAGCCUUCGCACGCUCAGCCUAUCCCACAACCGCCUUACUUCUGUCCCCUUGCACCUCCCAAUUAGCCUUCAAGAGCUGUUCCUUCGUGGUAACCUCAUCCAACGGCUCCAGCCAGGAAUCUUUCAGGGCAAGGCACAACUUCAAAUUUUGGACCUCAGUGCCAACAAGCUGACCAACAAGGGUUUGGGCAAGGGUGUCCUCAUCAAUGCCACCCACUUGGAAAGUCUCAACCUAGAGGGGAACCUCUUGAAGCAAGUCCCUCGUCACCUUCCAAACUCUCUAAAGAUCCUUAACUUAGAAGGUAAUUCCAUCUCAAGCAUCAGCAAGGCAACUUUUCUCUCACUUCCACACUUGGAGCACCUCGGCCUUGCCCGUAACAAGAUCUCCAAGGUGGUGCCUGGAGCAUUCCGGGUGCUUCCCUUGUUACACCAGCUGGAUCUCAGCCACAACACUCUUCACCAGGUCCCACGGCAGCUGCCCGCUUGGCUGGUCUAUAUUGCGCUCAACCACAACAAGAUUCAGAUGAUUCCACGCGAUGCGUUCUGCUUGUCGAAAAACUCAAACAAAAGUCACCUGGUUAAGGUGCAGCUGGAGCACAACCUGGUGGACUUAAGCAACCUGGACAGCAUGACUUUCAGCUGUCUGAGGGGCUUUCAGGUUGUGCACUUUUACUGAAACUGUACUUCAUAGAAAUAAAGUUAUAAACUGAUAUAAAGUGAAAACUAGAACCAAUGUGGACUUUUCACUACUGAUACUGUCUCAAACAAAUGGAUUCAGAAGUACAGGUGACAGUAUCCUUACAUUUACAUUCACGGCAUUUG